UACUUCUUUUCUGGUCAGCCAGAUUGAUUUGAACUCUACAGAGAAUAUUGAAAUUGGUGAGAUACAGUAUCAGAACUCGUCGAUCUCUUUAAUAUCCAUGCCGACUUUCGUGAAUACUCCUCCAUCUACUAGACUAAUCAAUUUCAAAAAUAUUGAGUUUACUAAUAGUAACCUCUUAAGUCAGAUAUCGAUCAUCAGAACUGAAGGGAUUCAGUAUGAUCUAGACUUAGUGCUAAAUUUUGAUAAUCUGACUUUCAGUGAUAUUGAGUUCAAGAGUAAAGGUUAUCUACUCAAUCUUGACCAGCAGUUACCUUCCAACCUGACCAUUUCAAAUUCAAGGUUUAUGAACAUCAAGCAAGGGAUCAUCAACAUUGCCUCCACAAAAGUAGAGAACCCAGACUUGCUGGCCAGUGUACAUCUGUUUAAUAUCACAGCUGAAAACAUUCAGGAGAAUGAAGCCUCGUUUUUAAAUGUUGAGCAAGAAGGCAGACUCUUCGUCUCUGACUCUAGCUUCAAGAACAUGUAUAUUUAUCAGGAUGGAGGAGUUCUCUCUGGAGGCUCAAGUAAUACCAUCACAGUAAUUAGCAAUUCAACAUUUGAGAACAACUCUGCAUUAAAUGGAGGAGUCUUCAAUGUGAAAGAGCAAAGUGUCAUCAAGAUAUACUCCUGCAAUAUUACUAGCAACUUUGCAAUCACGAGUGGUGUCAUUAAUGUAGUUUCGAAUGGUCAUUUCGAAAUUUAUGAUAGUUUAAUUUACAACAAUCAUGCUAAUAAAAACCCAGUUUCUCAGUUGUUGGACACUGCCGAGACUUCAGUGAUAUCAAACACUAAGAUAUAUUUGAAUCAUGCUUUUUCAAAAGCAUCUAUUAUUUCAGAGUUCUCUUCGUGUUCACAGUUGUGAUUUGUCAACCAGAACUUCAGAGACUACUCUAGUUCCAACUUUCUAUCUGAAAUGUCUGAAACACAUAACGAGUACCAGUUCUCUUUGAUCUUUGCUUCUCUGUCAAUGAUUUCGGCAACAGAAAUUAAUCAGGAAUCUUUGGUCGUCGAUUCAUUUGUGUCGACUCUUGAAAUAACUGAUACUGUAAUCAGAGACUUUACGAUGGAAGCCAUUGCUAUCAGAGGAGUCUCUUCUACUAUAUCACUGACGAAUCUGAGUUUCGUAAACUUCACAGUGACCGAUCAAGUAGACUACAUCCUCGACACUCUAGACAGCACUCUCAGUAUUACGAACUCAACUUCAAUCAUAUUCAGGGCCAGGAGUUCGCAAGUGAAUAUUCAAGGGUUGACCUAUGGACUCAUUGCUAAUGCAAUCGAACUCGGGGUUAUCUCGAGUUGAUAUAACAGCACAAUCUCAGGCUUGACUUCAACUUUAUCUGAAGUGCUUGGAAGAAGCUUGCUUAGAUUAGAAUCAUCUCAGAACAUCUCACUGUCAAAUGCUGUAUUGAAAAAUACACAGAAAAGUGGAGUCAGGAUUCUCAGUUCUAAUAUGAUAUCUAUUACAAAUAUGAAUGUGUUGAACUGCCAAGAUGGAGUGUACAUUGAAUCAAGUACAGUAGAGUUAUUACAAAAUUCCUCCUUUGAAAGCAAUGGAAACUCAAGUAAAAUCAAUGGAGGAGCAUUACACAUAACAAACUCUGAUGUUACACUGAGCGACAACAUCUUUAGACAAAAUUCUGCUCAUGAUGGAGGUGCAAUCUCCUUCACUUGCACAUCAACCUCUCUAUGAAGUUUAUCCAUCCCAAGCUCAAUAUUUGAGAUGAACAAUGCAACUGAAAGAGGGGGCGCUGUGUACUAUGACUAUAAGAGGCCUACAUUUGGUCAAGGCAUUAAAUACUUCAAAAACUCUGCCCAGUACGGUAAAAACAUAGCGAGUUAUGCUGUCAAGAUAGUAUUUGAGGGAACUUCAUCUGAUGUGAUGAAAUUAGAAAAUUUGGCUCCAGGAAUUACUUACGAUGAAACUCUUAAAUUUGCAGUUAAAGAUUAUGAUGACCAAGUAAUGGUGCUUGACAGUCAGAACCAAAUUUCAUUGACUGCUGCUAAUUCAACUGUUGCAGAAAUGAAAGGAUUUAACGUUCAGCCUUUAGUCAAUGGAAUUGCAAGCUUUGAUAAUUUUAUUGUUCACACUAACCCUGGCAAUCAAGAUGUGAUUAUAACUGCAUCAUCAAAGGCAAUUGACCAGAUAAAGAUCAGAAAUGUCUUUGGUAGUCCUAUCAGCAAUAACACGAUUGAAGUUGACACUCGAUUCUGCAAGCCUGGGGAAAGAAUUGUAGACAACAUUUGCAAUACUUGCUCAGCUGGGACUUAUUCUUUUGCUUGGAAUAGCACUGAGUGCAACCAAUGAAUGGAUGAUGCUAUUUGUUCUGGAGGAACUGAAAUCAAUGUGAACCCUGGCCACUGGAGAGUUUCUUUGAAUUCCACAUCAGUUGUUGAAUGAAUAAAUAAAGAGGCUUGAGACGGGGGCUUUCAAAACUCAGAAAUUCAGCCCACUAACUGAGCUACAGGAUAUCAGGGAAAUCUUUGCACAAAAUGAAGUGUCACUGAGAAUGAUAAAUAUCAAGCUGUGGGUGGCUUCGUAUGUCAAAAAUGUCCAAAUCCAAUACUCAAUGCGAUCAGAGUAAUCUUUGUUGGAUUCGCUGUAUUUGCUUACUUCAUGGUUCUUAUCAUUGUGAAUGUCAGAAAGACAAGUGAAAGUGAAAUUUCUAUUUUACUCAGGAUCCUUACGAACUAUGUUCAGAUUAUUUCUUUGAGCUUAUCGUUUAGUACCAAAUACCCUAGCUCCCUUAGUGAUAUUCUUGUUCCUGCAGAAACAGUGGGGAGCUCUUCAGAGGCUUUCUUAUCAUUUGAUUGAUUUGUAAUGGAUUCUGAGAUCAAAGGGCCGUUCCCAUCAUCUAUAUUCUUUAAGAUCUUCCUUUUGAUCUGGUUGCCAUUGAUCAUCUUUCUUUUCGUUACUCUUAUAUGGAUUUUGAUCUACUACAUCAAACCAAAGUGGGUGCCAAACCUGACAAGAAACUUGGUUAUCUCAUUUGUCAGUAUUGUCUUCCUCCUGCAUCCAAAAUUCGCUCAAGAGAGUAUGAACUUAUUUAGAUGAGUCAAGAUAGAUGAAGGAGUUAUGAAGACAAGAAUUGACACUGAUAUCGAUUGCUAUUCAUCAGAGCAUGGCAAAUGGAUAGCAAUAUUGGGCUUACCUAUACUUGUCAUAUGGGUUACCGCAAUGCCUCUUUUUGCCCUCAUUGUUAUGUAUAAGAAAACUCGAGUUGGAGAAGAGUCUAAUGUUGUCAGACAAUAUUUUUUGAUUCUGUAUCAAGGACUUAGACUAAAACAUUUCUAUUGGGAGUUCGUCAACAGUCUGAGAAAAGUUUGUAUCCUGAUUUCAUUCACGCUGCCUACUUCUGCCCAAAUAAUGUUUGCUCUGGGAGUGUUGCUCAUAACUUGGAGGUUACAAGACUUCUUAGAGCCAUAUAAACUACGACAGAACAAUGAAAUAGAAAUUUUUGGAAUCAACAUAAGUAUUAUAACUCUUUGUUGUGGAUUAAUAUUCAACCAAGAAAAGACUCUGGCUUCUUUGAACAAUAUCUUGCUGAUCAUAAUGGUGAUAUUCAACAUCCUGUUUAUUAUAAAAUGGCUCUACUUAUUGUUCUUAACACUUGGAACUAAACAUGCAUUCUUCAGGAAGCUUGCGAUGCUCAUGAGAUAUAUUGCCUUGCAGAGGAAGAGAGACCAGUUCUUGUCUACUGAGCAUUCAAAGGAUCAUACAGAGCAAUUACAGAGAAUUAUCAAAAAUAAGCAAUUUAGGAAGAAGUUCAAGCGCAGACAAAGAAGAAAAAAGAAGCUGCUGCCAAAAGGAGGAAUGAAAAUGAAACUUAAAAUGAAAGAUCAAGCAAGUAAAUCGAGAAUGUUGCGAUCAGAAUAAUUUAAUUUGAUUAAAAAGGCCAAUUCC